CCCGUCCUGCCCGCAAGAAAUACAAGCCGCCCGGACGAGCCAUGGACGGUCCCUUGCUUUGCUGCGGCGGCGGAUUGCAAAGCCAUGCCUCGUAGCCGCUUCCCCAAAACGCAGCAAAAGUGCUCCGUACGACACAGAGAAUGUCCUGACAAAUGUGCAGGCUUCUCUUGACAUGAAGAACAUUUGCAAGACUCCAUGAACUCUUUAAUUCCAGUAUCGCAUCUGCAGUUUGAUAGAAAUGGCCCGGGAUGCCAGGUCUUCACGAUUAAUUAAAAAAGAGGAGAUAAGCAAAAAGAAACCAAGUCCUGUUAAAAAGAAAUCUUGCCAAGGAAUAAAAGAUGCCAAGAAAGAGUCCUCAAAGAAGGAGUGUCCUACGAGCUGUAGAAAGUUAAUAGAAGACCAGAACGAUGGCAAGAAAAAAUCCCAAAGACCUAAACCUCCAUUAAGUUCGCCAUGCCGAUUUCUCCGGAGCAGUGUAACCAAAGCCUUUUCUGGAACAUCUUGGAUGAACCUGGAAUUAACGGACAAUGUUCUCUUCCACAACCAGCCGCCUUUGAGCUACGGUGGGUUCUCCAUGACUCUCCGCAGGAAACCGUUUUCCCAUCGGCUGUUUCAAGCAUCGACAAUCACAAAAGCUAAGAAGAGCGGCCCGAGAAAAAGACAGAAAGCCAGAUCAGGAAUUUCCUCUGCACUAGAAAGGAAAGAAGUUGAACAGACGACAAGAGCUUUUGCACGAGAUUUAAACUUGAAUAGUGAAUUACCUUCUCCCAAAGGAGAUAAGGCCCCAUGUUCUCAGGAAGCAGGCUGGUCCUCUGUAGAUGAUAAUCAAGCCAAAAAGAGCGGGAUGAUGUACCCCUCCAAAAUUUCUGUUUCUAAUAACAGUGUGACGGAUACUUGCAAUUCAGGAGUACUAGAAGAACACAGAUGUGAAGAAUUCGUUUCCCGUGAGCAGGCCCUGGAAGAUUUGUUUACUAAUACCUCACAUGAAAUUUUGUCUGAGCCUCUUCUCCACCAAUUACACCUUGACUUUGACACUACUUUAAGGGUACGGGAAGAUGAAUUGGGGACAUCCGUAGAACCGUAUGCAAAGAGCAACCUGAAUUUACCUCCUGUCGCCCCGGAACAUUUCUGUUCGCAUUCCUUUUCCAUGUUGAGCCUUUCCUCAGAACAAGACCUGGCGUUGCAUAAGAAAAAUCCAGAGACUUCUCUGGAAUCUCAUUCCAAAACUGGACCCGAUACAAUGCUACGUCCCUGUGAAUCCGAGGCAGCCAUUUUGAUUACCUCUGAACUUAUCUCAAAAUUGCAUCUAGAUGAUCUGUCUGCGCCACUGGAAGCCCUGAACAAACCAGAUGCUGACCCUCCUAUUGCAGAAGAAAAGUAUUUGCAGUGCGCCUCUGGAUCGGAAGGUUGUUUAAAAGAACCAGAUGUUGUAGGAGACCCCCCUAUACCAGAGGACGUAGCGCUGGUGCCGACAAACCAAACCCUUGAUUCUUCUCCCUGCUGUAGCUGUGAGCCACCAAAUGAACAGUCAGUCUGCGAACAAAUUUCUAGCAUUUCUUUGAGUAAUUUCACCUUGGAUGACCUCGAACGGACUCUUGAACGGAUUGCUGCAGAAACAUUCACUUUAGAACCAGCCUCUGCACCCUUCCAUCUGGAAAGAAACACCACUAGCCCGGUCAGCAGGGAAGGGUCGAACGAAAGUUUCCCACAAUCCCCUAAUGCAAGGUUGCCCUUGGGUGCAGGAGAAGGGAAAGAGCCAAGGACGGUGCCAUCUAACAAGUCCAUUUCAAGGCAGUCAGAUCCCUCGUUACAGCUGGGAAGAGAUGGAAAAACCACAAACGGUCCUCAGGAUCCCAAGAAAUGUGACCUCAACGCAGGGGUGGCAUCCGAGCCUUUAUCUUUUGAAUCUCCAAUUGGCGGGUGCCUCGCCUCUUUGCAACCUGUGGUGGAAAAGAAAAAAAGAAGGCGUUGCGGAGUUUGUGAACCUUGUCUGCGGAAAACUAACUGUGAAGAGUGUAGCUGCUGUAGGAAACGCAAAACCAGCCACCGGAUAUGUAAAAAGAGAAAAUGUGAAGAACUGAAGAAGCCCCCAUUGUCCAUUCCAUCUUCAAAGCAGCCUGCAGAGGUGCUAACUGAAAACAAAAGGCCUCAGAGAAGGAAGCGAAGAGUUCCAAAGGGAGAUCUAAAAAGCAAAGUAGUAAAUGGCUGCAGAGCAGAGCUUGUGGAAUACGUUGCAUAUACCCAUGGUGAAAAAUACAAGUUGAAAGCAAACUACUCACUGCCCUGGGAAGAUGUGCAGACAAAUGAAAAAGGAAGUAUGGCCGGCUUAGAAACAGAGAAGUGGGUGCUGAAUGAAAAUCCAUCACUUAACAUCCAUGUGAAUGGAGAUCUGAUCUGUAACGCUGGAACCAGGGAUGAGAACUUAACACCUUUCGAAAAGGAUGCAAAACUGGUUUAUUCUUCCAGCAUAAUAGAUGAGGCCCCCAAGUUAUUUGCACAUACAGCUAGAAACGGCAUUAAAAUCUUACCGCAUUCACCAGCAGAAUGUGACACAUCAUUGAAAUCAGAUGUGAGCACAUUGAAAAAAGCAGAUGUGAACACUACUGCAAAGCUGGCCAACAGCUGCAAUCACAGUAACUCCAGUGCCUCCUGGAGCGAAGCGGCUCAGCUGAACAGCAUCUACCCUUUGGCAACUGGAACAUAUGGUGCUAUUCCAGAAAAGAAGGACUAUGUUGUAGGCGACCAGACGGAAAACCCAAACACCAUUCAGGAAGCCGAAAACUCACUAUUGCAAACCAUUUCACUUUUACAUUUGCAGGACAAGCCACCCUGUACUCCUGUGCUUGAAAGGGGUGCUUGUCUUGAUGAUGGUGCUUCAACUAUUCCUAGCAAGGAUUCCCAACCUGAAGAUUUGCAACUUCAGUCAACUUUUUUAUCUCUGAUUAAAAAUAGAAACUUAACCGUGGAACAGGUGGUAGCUAUUGAGGCAUUAACACGUUUGUCAGAGGUCCCUUUAGGCCAUUCUUCACCAGCUAAACCGGAAGGUUUAGAGCAGCAAACGUCGCAUUUGCUGAACAGUUGCAAAAAGGAUAACCCAUGUCCCUUAAAAUCAUCUGCACUGAAAGUAAUAAAAGGGACUUGCCCGCAAAAAGAUCAGCAGCUUUUUUCUCAUCCUGCAUCGCAGAGGAGAAUCCACCCUAAGAGCCUGUUUUACAAGGCUCAAGGUGCUAUUUCUGAGUUCCCCAGUAAAUCUCCAGGUCCAUCUAACUUACUGCGUAGGUUGCAUUGCACCUCAAACGACACCAGACCUUUUUCUGCUUUAGCGUCUGGUGGAAAUUCAGGUAUUGCUACCAAGAAAUGUCCUCUUCAUCAUAAAACUGCUCUCGGGCCAUGUUCCAAAAACUCAAGUACCGUCAGACAGUGGUGGAACAGGGGAGAGGCGUUCGGCAAAUGGGAAGGAAAGGCUGUCCACAACCUGAAUUUUAAAAGUGGUUCUGUAUUUAAGGGUGUUGUUCACAGCCAAGAUGAAGAAGAGGUAGCCACCCAGCUAACUCAACUUGCAGCAAUAAUUGAAUCGAGCAGAACAAGCCCCAAUCCGAAGACGACGACAACCCUUCUCGGUCGAUUACCACCUGAUAUGCAAUCAAAAAAUAAGCAGGAUCAGUGCCUAUUGCAGAAGAAACAAUCGGUAUUUGGGAGGAACAAUUACAGCUCCUCGUUAGUCAAGCAAAGGCAGCCACCUCGGAAGAAUGAGAAAUCGGUACCGAGGGCCAAAAGAUUGAAGAAAAAACCUCAAGUAGUACCAGACCAACCAAGUCAGCUACAGCAAGAAUGCCAGUAUAGUGAAGUGCAGGACAUACAGAAAAAACCUUCUAAACUGCGCAGGCUUGGGCGCAUCGCGUCCCAAGAGGCGAAGCUGUCAGCCUUGGGGAAAAAAUCUUCCAAAACCAAAGGACAGAAGGCACGGAAUCGGAGUGCUUUGUCAUCCCAGCAAAAACCAGCUGUAUUAUUUCUUCCCAAAACUCAGAUAAUAUUCCAUCGGCCUUUACCGGCUUCAAUACAAGGCAAGAUAAGAAGCAAGCCAUUAGGCUGUGAAAUGGUGCCAGAGCCGCUCAAAACAACCGGCUUUAGUGAUGCACAAGGCGCCAGCAGCCAGAGUGGGGCCACAGGGGCUCUUCAAGAUGGAGCCCCGCUUUCUAGUAAUCAGCUGACUGUUCCUCAGUUAAAAACAGACUUUUGCAUAAAACAAGGAAGUGAAAACGGGCAGAUGUUUACAGAAGAAGGCAAGAAUUCUCAGGUACAACAAACCAUGAAUAUCCCUCAGCUGCGUCCUUUCCCUCAGAUCUUCAGUCAGAGAGCUGGCGACAUCUGCGAGGAAAGCCAAGCUAAACCACAGGACACUGUGGAACAAAAGGAUCAAAAUCUGCAACUGAUCCCCCGUAACGGUGAUGAUGGCUUGCCAGGGGAUACCAUGCACACUCUUAGAAAUGUGGAGCAUGUAAGUGAAGCUACAUUUCCAACAUUAAGAACUUUAGAGACUGAAAAGCAACAGGGUACUGGGAACUUAAGAUGUUCUCCAACCAAGAAUACACUCAGUAGUUUUCUUGAAUCUCCCAUGACAUUCUUAGAUACCCCUACAAAGAAUUUAAUUGAUACACCUUCAAAGAAAGGACAGAGUAAUUUUCCAACCUGUGACUGUGUGGAACAAAUUAUAGAGAAGGAUGAGGGCCCAUACUACACACACCUUGGAACGGGCCCAAAUAUUGCUGCAGUCAGAGAAAUAAUGGAGGACAGGUAUGGAGCAAAAGGAAGUGCUGUAAGAAUAGAGGUAGUGGUGUAUACAGGCAGAGAAGGAAAAAGUUCCCAGGGAUGUCCAAUUGCCAAGUGGGUGAUACGGAGGAGUAGCGAUGAAGAAAAAUUGCUAUGCUUAGUUCGUCAGCGUGCAGGACAUCACUGCCAAACUGCUGUGAUUGUGAUACUUAUUUUGGCUUGGGAAGGGAUUCCUCACCUUCUUGCUGACACAUUGUACAAGGAACUGACCCAGAGUCUCAGAAAAUAUGGCUGUCCAACUAGCCGUAGAUGUGCAUUAAAUGAAGACCGUACUUGUGCCUGUCAAGGUCUCGAUCCAGAGACAUGUGGGGCAUCCUUUUCAUUUGGCUGUUCUUGGAGCAUGUAUUACAAUGGCUGUAAGUUUGCCAGAAGCAAAAUCCCCAGAAAAUUUAGACUUCUCACAGAUGAUCACGCCCAAGAAGAAAAUCUGGAAAACAAUUUGCAGACUUUAGCUACUGAUGUGGCUCCAUUAUAUCAAAAACUUGCCCCUGAUGCUUUCCACAACCAGGUGGAGAAUGAGCAUCUAGGUCCUGACUGUCGUCUUGGGAGCAAGAAAGGACGGCCUUUCUCUGGUGUGACAGCUUGCAUUGAUUUCUGUGCCCAUGCACACAAGGACACUCACAACAUGCACAAUGGAAGUACUGUGGUUUGUACUUUAACAAAAGAAGACAACCGUACAGUAGGUGUGAUACCAAAUGAUGAGCAACUUCAUGUGUUGCCUCUUUACAAAAUAUCGCAAACAGAUGAAUUUGGCACAGAAGAGGGGCUGGAAGCCAAGAUUAAAACCGGGGCAAUCCAGGUGCUAACGGCUUUUCCCCGAGAAGUGAGGAUGUUAGCCGAGCCACGUAGGGCAACCAAGAAAAAACCAGAUGCAAAAAAGCAAAGCUUAGCUGAAAAAAAGCAUUCUGCGGCUGUAAGGGGAAAAAAUGGACUGCCAGAAAAUACCAAGAAAGCAUCACAAAGUUCAGGGGCCAAAAUGAAUAUAGUGCAACCUGAGACAAAAAUGGAGACAGAUGAAUACUUUCCUAGCAUAAAACCUAAUUUAGGCAUUACUACCGAUUGCUCUCCAUUGAAGCAACACGCUCCAUCCUCUCCUUUAAAACUGGAUAGUUUAUCCUCUUGCUCUCCAUUAAGUGGUGGUCUAAUGCCAGUAACUAAUAGCCAAGAAGAUGUUUCUACUCCCUACGGGUAUUUACAAUGCAGUAGUAAUAAACCUCACGUGACAUCCCAAGGUAAUAAUAACUUUGACAUGUCCGCUCGUGAUUAUACUGGAAUUGUGAUGGAUGAGAAGAGAAACGGUGAGCCUCUGCUUCUUCGAGACCUGACUAUGUCUGGGUCAGCAGUCAACAGAGAGAAUCUGCCCCUGACCGCUGAACACAAACUAGCUAACAAGCAAAAUUGUGAAGUUAACUUAAAGUCCUCUUGUGUGUCCCAGGUAGCUAGGUCUUGUGAGUCAGUGUUGCAACUGGGCGACCCAGAAGAUGUCUCUAGCGAUGGUUCCUCCCAAGAGCACCCAAUGCAAAAGAGUGGAUUACGGCAAAGCCCAAGUUGUGUAGAAAACGGGUCCAGUGGCCAGCUCUUAAAACACGCAGAUUCUGAAGAAAAAGCAGAAGAAAUGUGGUCUGACAGCGAGCAUAACUUUUUAGACAACGACAUUGGUGGGGUAGCUGUAGCACCAUCCCAUGGUUCCAUCUUAAUUGAAUGUGCACGGCGCGAACUUCAUGCCACCACGCCUCUUAAAAAGCCCAACCGGAAUCAUCCCACCCGGAUCUCUUUAGUCUUUUACCAACACAAAAACUUAAAUGAGCCAAAACAUGGGAUAGCCCUGUGGGAGGCCAAAAUGGCAGAGAGAGCAAAAGAGAAAGAAGCUAGAAAAUCGGGAACUGAAACCAACGGCCUGCCAGCCACUGACAAGAAUGCAAAUCAGACCAAUGCAACCCAAGAAAUUUUCUACAAAGAAAAUGAAUUCAACCAAAUUCCAUCUCGCAGAGCAUUAACAGUAACUCAUGAUAAUAUUCUAACGGUGUCUACUUAUGCCCUGACACGAGUUGCAGGGCCCUACAACCAUUGGGCAUAAGCUCUUAUAGCAACGACAUAACUUUUGCCUUGGAGCAGUGUUACACAAUCCUAAAGGUGCUGUUAAAGAACAAAGUCUCAUAUGGUUUACUCUUUGUUCAUCUCAACCAUUUUGAAGGCUGAGGUAAAAAUUAUUUUGUUUUUAAACUGUGACUUUAUAUAUUUUAACAUCUGGUGAUUCUCAAGUGUGUGUGUAUAUAUAUGUGCAUGUGUAAUUCACAUGCAUGCACGCCCGCGCACACACAUCUUUUAAGAAAAUUUGGCUAGGUUAUUAACUGAUUGAAUUACUUGGUUUAUUACCUUUUUGGAAUUUAUACUUUGGUGCUUUGAAACGUCUGUUUAUUAUAAAUGGGCUUUUCAUAAAGAUUUUAACUGAUUUCAUCUUUUAUUAUGUAAAAUCAAGUUAGACAGUAUUAGCUAUACACAGCUCUUGGUGCUUAAUCAUAUUGAACAGUUAAAAAUAAGCUGAUUUUAUUUCUUCAUGGUGCCAUUGCUCUUACAGCUUCCAAUCACUUGCUGUGAAUCCCAGCUUAAGGAAAAAGAACCAAUGAUGAUUUAUUUGUAUAUAGAUUUUUCUCAUGUAUGUAUAGUUUGUGUGUGCAUGUGUGUAUGAUCCACAUGCAUUCACAUGCAAACAAAUAUCACUAGUAAUGAUUGGAGGUUAUAAAUGUAAAUACAUAUAAAUAUAUAUAUUUAAAAGCACUUUCUAUUUUUAAAGUUAACUUGAAAUAGUAUAAGGAUCACAUUUGUCUAAGGUUUGCGCAUUCUCUACCAAGGAAUUUAUUUUUUCUUACUAUAUAAAGUUCCAUAUUGCUACAUCAAUUCAUAGAUAUUGAAAAUACUUGGGUUUUAGAUUCUUCCCUUCUCUUUUUUCCAUUGCUUUUGUUUCUAAAUAAAAAGGGUGAUAAAGUCCAGAAAAUUCAUUAUUUGCAAAUAUAAAUUAAGUCAUUUAUCUAUCCUUGUAUUUCUAGGAUCUUUUUAAAAAGAAGAGUUUAUAAUUUGAGCAAUAAGAGCAAAUGUUAUGGGGUAAUUCCAAGUUUUAUGGGACAAUACAAUCGGGCAUCAUCCAAGGGUAUAGUUCCAUACAUCUUGAAGUCACCCUAUUAGGAAAGAAUUUUUCUAGGGCUUCAAUGCAUAAAUUGCAAUGCCUUGUUAACAUGUUGGGUUUUAAGAGAUCUGCUCUAUCGGCAGUGUAGGAAUACAUCUGAAUUUAUUAUGAUCCAAAAUGUUCUUCAGUGGUGAGCUGCCCAUGAAUGGCCUGGUCUAGGCAGGUUUACUUGAAGCUCAAUCCCAUUGUGUUCAGUGGGCUUUCUGCCCGGUAAGUGGACAACUGAUUAUUACAUGCAGUUUUCUCCUCUCCUUCACCUCUGAAUAAGACAUACUGAGAUAUCCAAGUGAUUAAUUCCACAAAACAUGCAUAAUUCCCCAUCCCAUUUGCUAUCUCCAGCCAGGAAAUAAGGUCUGUAAUGGGCAGCGGUCUGUGUUGGAGACCCCAUCCAGAAUACAGUGUCUUGACUUCUUGGUGGCAAAAUAACCAUGUAACAACACGCCAUUUCCUCUUCGUAGCAUACUCUUUUCUGAAUGGUAACCCAUGCAGCAUUGCAGGCUCAAGAGAGUUUGCAAAUGUUUUCCAACCUGGGAACACUGUCCAGUGUUCCAGCUUGCACUUCAUGUGCCGGAGUUUGUCAGUGUGUCUUGUUUAGAGGCGGAGAAAACCGCAUGUAAUAAUUAUUGGAUUGCAUUGUUAGUGCAAUGGCUGGAUUGAUCAACUCAAGUUUUUGUUUCAGUCAAGAAUCAGGGAAGGCAACUGCCAAGCAAGGUACAGUCAGUCUAAAUGGGAAUUUGACUAAAGGGAUUGAGUUGUACAAGGCAGAGUUCCAUUUUGCAGACAGAACGUAACUAGAUUGAAGUUCCCAGUUCAGUACUUGAGGCAGAAUGAGGAAAGCUGCCAACUAGCAACAGAGAUAACCAUGGCUGGGGUUUCCCAACUUCUCGUUUCUUAGCACCUUUUAUUUGGAGCGACCACAUCCUUUGUUUCAACAGAAGCAGCAUUAAAUGGUCCAGUGCUCACAGAGCUUUUAAUAUUAAAUACUGAAAAUCUCAAACGUGAUACAACAGCAGCUGUGUGAUCAAAACCACUUUUGUCACUGCCGAUGAGAAGCAGAACUAUUAAAAUACAGCUCAGGACUUCGGGCAGCUAGAAUCAGGAGAAUUUGGUAUAUUUGGAAUGAAGAAAAGGGAAGAAGAAAUUAAGUAACAAGAUCAUAUUUUUAGACAACUGAAUGCCAGGGAUUUUAUCAGUCUUAAUUAAUUCCAUGCCAUGAUCUAAAUUAUAUAAUAAUAUUGAAGUUAAACCAGUGAGUUUGACCAGUCCCAAUUUGAGUAGGGCUGAGUGUGGAUGGGAACCAGACCUUGAUUCCAAAUAAUAAAUUAAUUAAAUCACCUAGCAUCCAUUUGUCCUAAUGACAGCAUCUUAAUUUUAAACAUUAUUGGACUAUCUCAGGCUUUUCUUUUUCUAUGGUGUGGUAAUUUGAAUUCGCCAGUUGCUAUCAUAUUAUGAGCCUUCGUGAGUGAACACACCCUGUAGUUUAUAUAAAAGAAUGAAGCUGUUUACUAAUAAUCCAAUUUAAUCAGGGCAGUCAUGAGGUUAAGUCUUGAUUUUACAUCUCUCUCUCUCCUCCUUCUCCUCCUCCAUGAUGUACAUAAGUGCCACCAGAAUAACCAGAAAUAAAAGAUUUGUGAUAACAUACUUGAUAAUAUCUUAUAGUGGUGCUGUAAUAAAUAAAUUUCUAGACCUGCUUUUUUAAUAAAAUCUAGACAUGGUGCUUUUAUUAUUAAAUGUCUACCCUUGUAUUUAAUCUGAAAAUAUAAUUCAGAAACGAAGAAAUAAUUGAUUUAUAUAGCUUGUCCCAGCUUUCUCCAAAGAAUUUGCUGAAUGGCGGUCUGUUGGAGUGGAAGUAAAAAACAUAUUAAAGGCCUAGGUUGGGGAAAACUGGUUUAUUCUUUGUCACCUAUGAUUCUGAAGUUCUGAAUGUGGAAUUUCUUCCAGUUACUCACAUAGUCCCAUUUGUGUAACAUUAGACAUUCACACUGGUCUAAGGCUUCAAAACAUCUACACUCCCACUGUAGACCUUCUCUACUUCAUCCAUGCAAACGGGCAGUUACUCAUAUUUUUAUCUAACAGUACAAAUACAUUUUUAGGCAAAGACAAAAACUGCAUGUUUGAAUGCUGCUUGAUGUCUGUCCCUUCUCCAUCUCUGAUUUAAUAGGUGAUAGAUGCCAUUAUUGGUGACGCUGAUCAUGUUAAAUGAUAUGUAUGUAUGUCAGGCAAGACUGGUGCUGGAUAUCUUUACGUUUCCUGGUGCAUUUCCACUUUUGACAGCUGAAUACACACACAGACAAAUUUCAGCUUGCAGAUGCUGUAUAUAUUAGAGAAAUUUUCCUAAGUUGCUGAGUAUUAAGAUUUAGAGAUGUUUAACUAAAAUAAGGAAUGUGCAAUCCAGCCAAUUUCCCUGAUUUUGGGGAGGGCUGAGAAAGUUCAACCUGUUAAUGAUCUAUAAUUUUACAAAGAGACCCAGAGUAUCAUCAAACAUGGCUUACAAACUUAAUUUUAGAUCAGAUCUUCAUACUUAGUCACAAUACCAUUAGCAAUCUUUAUGCAACAGCUUAUGGAAUGACCUGAGUCAUAACAUUUUAAGAAAAGUAUAUAAAGAGAAAAACAACCCAAUCUUUCUAUUUUUAAAACAAACUUUGUAAAAAAGAAAACACCCAUAUGCUGCAUUUUUCUUAGUUCAAAGAUUAUGAUUAGUUCAAAUAGAGACUAUGUAACAAUUGUAAAUAAUAAAAGUCAAUAUUAUAUCAUUUUCUACCAGCAGUUUUCUGCUUCUUGGAUAUAUACAUUAAUUGGUAUGGUAAUUUUGUGUGCCUUAGAUUUACAUUUUAAGAACUGUAUAUUUUUUGUGAACCUGAAAUUUAUUAAACAUAAUAGCUGUCAUUACAAAUAAGUAGGGUGAAAUCAUCCAGCAACUCAUCUGUACAGUUUUUUCCUAAUUUAAUCAUGCUUUCUAGUAAUUCUGAAAAGUGUGUGUGUGGGGGGAAAUCCUGGGGUAAUCCUUCACUGUGUAUGUGGAAAACAUCUACACUUCAUCCUAGUUUUGCUCAAUCCCUCUGUCAGUUAUAAUUUCUAGUUGUAUGCUUUUUAGUUUGCCAAUCUGUUUAUGCUUAUAAUAAGUCCCAUUGAACAUAAUGGGUUGAUUUAUGAAUGAAUGUAUGUAGGAUGGUAUUGUUACCACUUGACAUUUAUGGGGCAUACACUACUAAUAAACUGUUUAGGAUUAAAUUCUUUUUGAUUCCUUUUAGAUAGAUACUACAGCAGAAAAUUCAGAUUGUGGCUAUAGUAGAAAAAGUUGACUCAAAUUAUGAAAAUUUGGCAUUUCUAAGUAGAAGAUCUCUAAUUACUGUGCUUGAGUAGUUUAGUGUUUUCCCGUGUACCUUUAGAAAAUGUACUGCUAUAUUUGCUAGCAGAUAUCAGCUCUUAAACAACAAUGCUCAAUAGGGAAACCACAUAUGCCCACCUAAUCAGACAGCAAGGAAUAUAAUUUAUUACUUCGAAGUCCACUGAUGAGGUUCCAUAGGGCUUAUUUGCAUAGAAUGAAUUAAAGGUGGAAAUGCAUGAUUGUUUUUAACAGCUAAUAAAUUUUUCAUUAGCUAAAUCAAGUUACCCAAACAUUGAAAACAUACCACUGAAAUUAAGAAAUAUUAUUAAACUUUUGUCUGGGUUCAGCCAUAUAUUUUAACUAUCAUAAAUUUGUAAAAACAAUACAGCUUACAAAAUGAUGGUUGCAUCUAAAGAGUAAUGUUUCUCAUUGUAUUAUCUCACUUAAUUGCUGUUUUACAAGCCAACAUACAUCAAGCAUGCAUGCAGAGUGAGAAUAUACUGUAUAUACAGCUGUAAGUUAUUUAUUGUAGCAUUUCAAAUAUUUAUCAUAGACACUGAUGUACUUUGUGAAUUAGUUUGUAGCAACAAAGAUUUAUGACAACUACCUACUUUGUAAGAGCAAUUCCUUGGGCAGUUGCAAGCAGCAAAAUUUUCAGGCACCUGCAGUAGCCUGAAGACCUGUCUGGUCGAAGGUUCAAUGUGGCUGUCUGGAGUUGCCAGGAAAUAAAAUGCAUAGUUUUC